ACCCCCGCUGCGCGCGCAUCCAGCACCACCUCGAGACCAUAUACAGCUCAUGCGCACCCCCUACUAGGCGAAGCGAGAAAACUGCCGCUUCCUGCGCAUGCGCUGGCAGCAGAGGAGCGGGAGGUGCCUCAGGGAGGGGACUCAGUGCGUAUGCGUGAAGGGGAGCAGCCCGGGGUUGUAGCAGAGGCAGAGCAGUCUCUGUGAGGGUGAAGGUCAAGGAGGGGACCUCAGACACGAUGCAGCUCAAUGGGGCACUGCAGGAGCCUAGUGAUUCCUGGCCAGAGCAGCCACAGGCCAAAUCUGCAGACAUGUUUCUGGAGCUGUUGAGAACUUUUCCAGGAAGGCCGGGGGAGCGGGGCACCCUGAGCCCUGAGCGGAGCCAGCUGCAGAAGGGGCAGGGCAGGCUGGCAAGGCAGGGGGAGAGCACAGAGCUCCGAGAGGCCUUUGAGGACGUGGCUGUGUACUUCACACGGGAGGAGUGGGAGCUUCUGGAGGAUGCACAGAAGGGGCUGUACCGGGACCAGAUGCUGAGGAACUGCCAAGCCCUUGUUUCCCUAGGAUACCAAGGUCCCACACCUGACUUAAUUCUCUGCAUCCAGCAAGGACAGAAGGAGCUCUGGGUCAGUGAUGAGGAAGGCCAUCAGGACAUUUCAAGGUCAGAGGACCUGUUGCCAGGAGGUGCCUGGCUGCUGAGCAGAGCUGAGAAGCAGAGUCCUGAAGAAGGGCUGGCAAGCCUGGAGCAACCCUGGCAUUUGGGCAAGAUGGAGUCCCUGAGACCUGAGGAAGACCAGUGGCCCCAGAGCCAGUGGAGGCCCCAACAGCAGAGGGAGAAUACAGCAGGGAAGCAGGCGCCAUCUCCCCUGGAGCAUGAGAGUGGAGAAAGGACAGAAGCCAGAGACAGCCCUGGGUUCAGGGAAGGAUUUGUGGAGCUGAAGAGCCACAAGGGAAAGUUCCACUGUACAGAGACCCUAAAUCUGAGCCGACCCAGUGGGGCAGGCCUCGAAGGGAAGUGGAAGCUCCCUGCCAAGCCCAGGGGCCAAGCCCACCCCUGCCCUCAGUGUCAGAAAAGCUUUAGCUGCCCUUUACUCCUGGCUCUGCACAGGAGAAGCCAUGCUGGGGAGAAGCCCCACCUAUGUGCCAAGUGUGAGAGGGGCUUCACCUCCCUCUCAACCCUGGCUCGGCACCGGUGCUUGCGCCCUGGGGAGAAGCCAUAUCGGUGUCCAGAGUGUGGGAAGAGCUUCACCCGGUCCUGCCGGCUGGCCAUACACCAGCGUAUCCACACUGGGGAGAAGCCACACCAGUGCUCUGACUGUGGGAAGAAAUUCACCCAUGCUUGCAGCCUGGCUGAACACCAGCGCAUCCACACAGGGGAGAGGCCGUAUCAGUGCUCUGUGUGUGGGAAGAGCUUCACCCAAUCCUACCACCUGGCCCUGCACCACCGUAUCCACACAGGGGAGAGGCCAUAUCAGUGCUCUGAGUGUGGGAAGAGCUUCACCCACUCCUCUAGCUUGGCCCGGCACCAGAGCAUCCACACAGGGGAGAAGCCACAUCAGUGCUCUGAGUGUGGGAAGAGCUUCACCCACUCCUCUAGCUUGGCCCGGCACCAGAGCAUCCACACAGGGGAGAAGCCGUAUCAGUGCUCUGUGUGUGGAAAGAAAUUUACCCACUCCUCCAACCUGGCCCAGCACCAGUACGUCCACACAAGGAAGAGGCGACAUGAGGCCUUUGAGUUUGGAAGAACUUUACCCACUCCUUCAGCUUGGCCCAGGGCGGGAGUGGCCACACAGGAGAGAAGCCACAUCGGUGCUCUGACUGUGGGAAGAGGUUCGCUAGUUCCUACCACCUCACCACAUACCAGCAUAUCCACACAGGGAAGAAGUCCCAUUAAUGUGGGAAGAGUUUCACCCCAUAUUCCAACUUCACCCAGCACCACCACAUUCACAUAGCAGAGAAGCCCCAUUAGUGCUCAUUGUGUAGGAAGAGCUUUACUCAUUCCUUUAUCCUGGCCAAUCACCAGCGUAAGCACACAAGGGAGAAGCCACAUCAGGGCUUUGAGUGUGGACGGAGCAUCAUCCAGUCUUUCCUCCUUGCCCAGCACCAGCGCAUGCAGCCGGUGGGGAAUCCACACCAGUUCCUUGAGUGUGGGAAGAGAUUCCGUGAAUCCUCCAGUCAAGCCAAACACCAACGCAUCCACAAAGGGGAGGAGCCACAUUAUUGUUCUGUGUAGAAGAGAUUCAGAGAUUCCUCCAGCCUCCGCUAGCACCAGCGCUUCCACAUCAGGGAGGAGCCAGAUUGGUGCUCUGCAUGUGAGAAUAGUUUCCACGACUCCUGCACUCCAGCCAAACACUAGCACAUCCACACCUGGGAUCAUCCAUAAUUCUGCCAGCAGUGCAGGGAGGGCUUAGGGAUGCCCACCUGCUCAGCUCCCACCAGUGGCUGCAUUUAGGCAAGCAGCCUCAUGCUACUGGAGUGCAGAAAGACUUUCUGGAGCCUUUGAGCCAUGUAGGGCACCACAGAACAAGGACCCAGAGGCUGGUCUUGAAGGUUGCAUUGGGGGAGGGGCUAAAAGGAAACACUUGGGGCCAGUGCCAGGCCAGAUCCUGGGGGAACCAAUGAGAUGAUCUUUUAUCAGCCUUGGAGCCUGUGCCUUCCCCGUUGUAGUCUAGAAACAGCCGGUGCUCCCAGGGGAGAAGAAGCGCCUUCCUAAUAGGAUGUUUUCUCCAAGAGAGCUGCCUCCAAAAGCCCCCAGGGCCUGUCCUUGGUCACCUCCCUUACCCAAUGGGGUCUGCAAGAAGCUGCUGGUGCCACCCCAUGAGCCCAACUUGGCAUGUUUUGCUUCUCAUCCUCUCUCCAGAGCUCAGCACCCCCAGGUGCCUGCUGCUCUCCUACUUUCUUGCCCUUCAUGGCAGUCUCUGUAAUGCAGUCUGUGCUCAGAAAGCACCAGCACUGAACACAGUAAUCCCUGUGGCUGGGCUCUGUCCUCUCCGGAGCUGGGAGAUGGGAACCGACCAGGGCCCAGAACUCUUUCCAGGGCAGAUCUCCAUCCUUUCUCAGCCCCAUCACUUUGCCAAGGAUUUGCUGUGGUCCAGGCUUUGUUGCAAACACUCAGACACAGGAGUUGGUCACACUUGAGGUGUUACUCCCCUGUACUGCUGUGCAGCAAGGACCCUGCCUUUUGGAAGGAGCCUGUGGUCGGAGGCCAGUGGAGUGCCUUUUCUGGGGGAAAUGUGGGCGGGGGGAAGGAGGGGCAGCCUGUGGCAAGUCCUCUCCUGUGGAAAGGUGUGGGGGUAUGAGGACAUCCUCUGAGUGAAAUGCAGCAUGUUGUCAUUUCUGGGAAGUGUUCCCUGAUUGCUAGUAUCCAAAUACACCGUGUCCCGUGUAGAGGAACUUGCUUUGGAUUCUCUUGUUCUUGUCCAGAUAAAAUACAGCCCCCAGAGACAUCCUGGGUAUAAGAACCUGGGAUCCUGCUCCAGCUCUGGCAAUAGGGCUUCCUGCUGUCCAGCCACCAAACAGCCCUGGCUGGGAGCAGGGAAACAGGUCACUCUGGGGCACUGGGCCAGCUGGAAAGGCAGACUGGGAGACCUGCUUGGUUUGCAAGCACAACACUCAGCCCCUGCUCAUCAGACAGGUAGCCACCCAGAUCUCCAAGCUGCACCUGUCUCCUCACUAGAGAGAGAGCCAGGCCCCAGGGUAGGGCAGACACAUGUGGGCAUGAGCACACACUAGACUCACUUGUCCCCUUUCUCCUGGUCCAGGGAAACUUGUUGCCUCUCUUGUCCUGUGCCAAACACCCUCCAGGUUCUCCAUGGACCUCAGCAUCAUCCUCCAACUGGGUUCGCAGGGCUGGAUCCUGUUUAGGGAAUAAUGCUGCCAAAGCUUUCCCGAAAGAAA